ACUCACUCGUCAUACUACUUUUUUCUAAAUUCUCUGAAAAAACUUGAAACACCCAACAAUGGCAGCAAAGGGUUGCAAACUCAUUUGCCUCCUUAUUUUCUUUGCCUUCGUCGCCCAAGGAUAUGGGUGUGACGUUCAUAGAUUAACUCUGACACAAUCGAAGACCGGAAAGAUGGUUAAGAACAAACCGGAGUGGGAAGUGAGAGUGACGGACCCAUGUACCUGCAGUUUCCUUGACGUAAAGUUGUCGUGCACCGGUUUCGAAUCUGCCAUAAUCAUUAAUAAGUCGGUGUUAUUGAAAACUGGUGACGAGUGUAUCCUCAACGACGGACGACCUAUCCAUUAUGGAGACUACGUUUUCAAAUACGUAUGGGACACUAGCUUCGACUUCAAGAUCACCGACGCCACAAUCGCCUGCUCUUGAACUGUUUCAAAUGUUUAAUUCUGUCUUUGGUUCAUGUUGGUUUAGUUAUUGCUGAGCUCAUGAAACUGAUGAUGUUUACUCAAAUAUUGUCCGAAUCAUCAUCAACUUGAGAUUAAUAAAGAUGAUCGAUUGACGUUCUCUCUAAAC